GCUUCCGCCUUCGUGGACGUGGGUCCCACCGAAGGCUGCCGGUGGCAGUGUUCGAGGGUGUGGGUUCUAUUAAACUGUCUUUCCUCCUCUCAGACACACCCACGUCCUCCGGCUUGAGUGACCAAUUUACUCGCCUUCCUGCGGAAGCUUUGAGCGGUCGGAACCUUUGUGCGCCCGGAACUAAGGUGCCGAACUGCGCUGGCACCCGGAAGGCUCCAUAAAUAGAGGAAUCCCAUUUCUUUUUCUGGCGGUCGAUCGCUGGAGUUCCGGUGAGAGAAUCAUCGAGGGAGCUCUUCGGCUUCAGUUCCUGAUAUGCACCGACCGAAUUUUCGACCCCCAACUCCUCCAUACCCCGGCCCGGGGAUAGGAGGCUGGGGUAAUGGAAGCAGCUUCCGGGGUGCCCUGGGCGGGGGGCCGCGGCCGCCCUCCCCGCGGGACGGGUACGGGAGUCCGCACCAAACUCCGCCGUGCGGGCCCCGGGCUAGGCCGUACGGGAGCAGCCACUCUCCGCGGCAUGGCGGCAGCUUCUCGGGGACCCGCUUCGGGUCUCCGUCCCCGGGCGGCUACCCAGGCUCCUACUCCAGGUCCCCCGCGGGGUCCCAGCAUCAGUUCGGCUACUCCCCAGGGCAGCAGCAGACCUACCCCCAGGGUUCUCCAAGGACAUCUACACCAUUUGGAUCAGGGCGUGGUAGAGAAAAAAGAAUGUCUAAUGAGUUGGAAAGUUAUUUUAAGCCUUCAAUGCUUGAAGACCCUUGGGCUGGCCUAGAACCAGUAUCUGUAGUGGAUAUAAGCCAACAGUACAGCAAUACGCAAACAUUCACAGGCAAAAAAGGAAGAUACUUUUCUUAACUUUUCUGAAAUUCAACUGGAAGCUUCAUGUGUCAGGAACAUCUUGGACAGAACUUUACACAACUUGUGUAAAUGAGUUGAACCCAAAGAUGCCUGUGCUACGUGGUGGUGGCACACACCUUCAAUGCCAGCACUGGGAGGCAGGCAGGCGGAUCUGAGUGUGAGGCCAGCCUGGUCUACAGAGUGUGUUUCAGGACAGCCAGGGCUACACAGAGAAACCCUGUCUCAAAAAAAGAAAGAAGAUGCCUGUGAUCAAGGGAUCACAACAAUUUAAUCUUUCUCCCAUUUUACAAAAGAAACCAAUGGUAAGAUUUGUUUCCCAAAAUGGGCUCAACAGUAUUUCAAGUCCCAUAUACUCU